CGGGGCUCCGCAUUGCACAGUCUGGGGGCGCCGCAGUGUUCGUGGGAUGGGGCAGCGGGCUGCCGUUGGCGGCCGGAAUCCGCGCGCAGCCCGGAAUGUAGCAAGUAAUCCAUUGGAAUAAGACUGGCAGUUGAGUAACUCAUGCAAAGGUGCGACUUCCCUCCCGUGGUCCCAAGUUCUGGCCCCCGGGCCCCCUGCAUGAGUGACGCUUCAGUCUGCCAUGGACCCUGGCCCUGCCCUGGCCUGGCUCCUGUUCCUGAGCCUGCUGGCUGAUUGUCUGAAAGCUGCUCAAUCGCGAGACUUCACAGUGAAAGACAUUGUCUACCUCCAUCCUUCAACCACACCAUAUCCUGGUGGAUUUAAGUGUUUCACCUGUGAAAAGGCAGCAGACAAUUAUGAGUGCAACCGAUGGGCUCCAGACAUCUACUGUCCUCGAGAGACCAGAUACUGCUACACUCAGCAUACAAUGGAAGUCACGGGAAACAGCAUCUCUGUCACCAAACGCUGCGUUCCACUGGAGGAGUGCUUGUCGACUGGCUGCAGAGAUUCUGAGCAUGAAGGCCACAAGGUCUGCACUUCCUGUUGUGAAGGAAAUAUCUGUAACUUGCCACUCCCCCGAAAUGAAACUGAUGCCACAUUUGCCACAACGUCUCCCAUAAAUCAGACAAAUGGGCACCCACACUGCAUGUCACUGAUGGUGUCCUGCUUGUGGGUGUGGUUGGGACUCACAUUAUAGCGGCUGCGAGGCGCCAUGUAUAGUAGCAAUCCAUGGGGAUCGCCAUGGUCCAUGGUCAUGCAUGAGUCGUUGGCUUGACAAUAGUUACACGUGCGAAACCAUGACACUCACAGAUGUCUUCACAGCCAGGCAUUUCCACCUAUCAUGAGGAACAAGCAUUGCUUCAGGGUAGUCAUUUCAAGUCCAAGACCUCAUCAAAGCCAGCCUGCCCCCAAAACAGACCCUGAGUUUUAUACCACAGACCUUUCUUUUCACUCCAGGAAAUAGUUCUGCAUUUUUAUUGAGAUCUGAGGCUCUUAAUUUGGAAUACAUACAUGAGCCAUAGGAGGUUCUGGGACCCUCUGAGAUGUUAGACAGUAUGUUUAUAUGGACAUGCAUAGAUGUGUAUUCUUUAAGAGAAAGGUAAAGGACCACUGGUUUAAAUAUAAUCAUGAAUUUAUUUAUAGCUUUAGAAUUUUAAAACUUUGAUUCCAAAAUGAAUGGACUGUUUCCUUGGAGAUUCUGACUGAGUCCCUGGAAAAGUAGUAAGCAGUUGUCCAAUUUAAUUUUUCCCACAUUCUUCUCCCAGUGGUGGGAAUCAUAUUCCCUCUGCUCUGUGCAGAAAAUAAAAGGCAAUCGUAAGUUUGUUGCAUAGGGGGAGGGGUAGCUGGAGAGGAUCUUUCCCAACUUAAUGGAACUGGCAUCCAUAAAGUAGCUGCAUAUCCUUUCAUUAUAAUUGGUGAGAUUGGCCUUGAUUUGGCACCUCAUUGUGCUCCAUGAGAUCCUGAAUUCUACCUGGGCCAAAGGGUAUCCAAAAAGUCCCAAAGCAGGAUAGAGUUUUCUCCACUCAUGGGGUUCUAUUCAGGCAUAGCUAAACUAGACAGAGAGAGGAUUUCAGAAUGCAAGGAAAGAGAUGUGUGGUGGUUGACCCAAGUUCACUGUGAGGGCCCGGUCAGUGGCUUAGCCAGAUCUCCCAUCUGCACUUCAUACUGCCAGAGAGCCCUCCCAGGUUCUUCCUCUUUCAAAUCCCCAGGGACUUUAAGGAUCGCAUUAUCUCAAGAUUGAUAGGGAAAGAAGACAUAAUAUCCCAGGAGGAGAAGUAGGUGGGCCAGUUGGGUGAUGGUGAGACUAGUAAGGAGAUCCAGUGGGAAUUUUUCUUUCUUUUGGGUGAUUGCUUUUGAAGUAGAUGGUAAAAUUUUUGCCAUCCUUCCUAUAUUUUUGGCCUGAGUUACAACUUGUUCUUCUUCCUUGUAAAUCAUUUAUACAAUAUUUAUUUUUAUAUGGCAUAACUAGAAACUUAAAUAUAUUAUAAAAUAUUCUUUAUUCUGAACAAAAUGACCAAAUUAGAAUACUUAUUUUUCAACAGUGGUAGAACUUGUAAUAUAUGUUUGUUCAAAGUUAUCUAUAAUACUUGCACCAGUGUUGAAAAAAAUUUAACUUAUGUUUGAGUAAGAGGAGUGUGUUGGCCUCAAGGGUUUUUGCUCACUGUUUCCUCAGUGGUAUUGUCCCAGAAGUGUUCAGGUGGUGACCAUCAAUGGUAUGAGUUACUCUGCAGGGUUAUGGGACAUAUUUGCAUGAAAUUUGGUGGAGCCAUUGCGGAUAAAGAGGAGAGUAUUGUCAGGGUCCAUCUUCCUUGCACAGGAAAAUGUCUGUGGCUCAUAAAAUGAGACCUCAGGGAUUACCAAAUAUGAACUGACAGUGGUAACUCUGAUAUGAAAUAAUCUAAAUGGCAUCAAAUGGCCUUAAAUCAGAGUUUGGUAGGCUUAUCAAUAUGUUACUUAUAAUUGGGGUGAGGGAAGUAAAGGGAGAGAAAAGAUAUUUACUAAACACCUCUUAUGUGGCAGGCACUAUGCUAAGCACUUUAUAUAUAUAUAUAUAUAUAUAUAUAUAUAUAUAUAUAUAUACACACAUACAUAUACACACACACACACACACAUUAAGUCAUAUAAAACUUGCAAGCACCCUCUAGGGAAUAUUACUAGUAUUUUCACUUUACAGAUGAAGGUACUAAGGCUCUAAGAAGCUCAAUAACAGAAAGCCUUUUCCUUCCAAUUUAGGAUAUAUAGGGUGAGGUGGGAUUGAAGAGGGAAGGGAAGAUGAAAUUACCACCCCUAGGAGAACUUCCACACCUGGCCACGGGAAUCUGUCCAUCUGAUCAUGUGGAGUUUGUCUAGUCCUGCCUCGACAGGAUGCCAUUUGUGUGUGUCCCCUAGAUGGUGUUUUUUUCUUCAAGGGGUGGAGGGUACAGCUUCCAAGUUCAUUCCUCUUGCUAAAAGAGGUGGCAGGUUAGCUGCUAUAAAUACUCUAAGACAGUGAAAAUUUGAUGUUGUACAUAUCUACAAGUACCAUUUUUGUGCAUGGCCACUCUCCACUGAUACCUGCCAAGUACUGCAUGCAAUUUGAGUAAGAGACAAAGUCCAAAUGUUGGUUCUUAAUGAGAAAGUGACCACUCCAAAGCCUCCCUGUCUGGUGUGAGGGACAGGGUCCACAGGGAUGCGAACUCAUCUGCCCCCCGGGAGAAUCACUGCAAACUCUACACAGAUGUGACCGCACGCACCUCGUGUGCCUAUCAGAAUGGCUGGUGUUUCGUUCUCUUGAAAGAAAGUGGUUUGCUCGCCAUCCCCAGCCUCAAGGAGCCAAGGAGUUCAUGUGGAAGGCUCAGGACUGGUCAUCCGUGUAACUUUUCUACCACAUUAAACUUUCCAUUAAAUCCCACGGUUGGUGAUGGCUUGAAGUGCAAACAGCCAUGAUGUGUACAUUAACCUAUGUGCAACUUAUUUAUUUUCAGACUCCCCAUUGCAUUCAUGUCAAUAUGGGAUUAAUGCCUAAAUUUUGUAAAUAUUGUACAUUUUGUAAAUCAAUGAAUAAAAGUUUUAAGUGUA